UGUCGGAGGACCGAGGCGACCAUGGCGGACCGGCGGACGAGCGGCGGCAGCGAGCCGCAGUUUGGCAAGAUGUCUGCGGUCAGAGCAGCUUCCAUCGGCCGCCUGCUGAAGAGGGAAUGUUGGAGCCUCUUGGACUUUUACAGCAAGAGGGAGAACCUCCCUGCCGAUGUGGGCGGGGCAGACCCCCGCCUGGUGUCGGUCCCGCCCCCUUCCUCCCAGCUGGACUCCCGGGACCAGCUGUGGCGCCUCCAUGUGGCCCUGCUGCAGUGCCGCAGCCUGAUGGAGAGCGCCAUCGCCAAGGAGGACGAGGAGCUGGGCGUGGACCAGGACCAGGACCAGGACCAGGGCGAGUACGCCAGCCUGAGGUCCACGGUGAAGGAGAGGCUCAAGCUCCUCGCCUUCUGCGUCUCAGAACUGCUCGGUGCCGGGGACGGCCCGGCUGUGGCCACGCCCGCCUCCAGUGACAGCUUGGAGCGAGCGGACGGCAGUCUUUUCGAGCUGAAGCUGUUGGUGCUGCGCAUCUUCAAGGAGGUGGACUACUGGGCCAAGACUGCGGUGGCCAUCUUGCAGACUCUGUCCAAGGAGCCGGCCAGGAACACCCGCCUGAGGAGGAGCAUCCGCAGCACCCGGAGAUGAAGUGCAGGUGCAGGGGUGAGGUCACAGGGUACUACGCACGUUCCUCGCUCCUGUUUCCGACAAGUUCCAUUCGCUUUGUUUUGGAUUGCAAGGUUACAUUUGUCACUACUUUUGUCACCAGCGAUACUAAAACAUGGAUUAUUGCAAAGGUGUCCAAAGUCUGCCUGAGGGCCAUUUUUAAACAACCCCUGCAAAAUUCAUUAAAUACUAUUAUUAAAAAAAAACACAUAAAAAUGGAAUUAAAGAGCAAAUGGAAGGAGAAACCGUUUCAAUGUUGACUAAUAGGACAAAGCUGCCAUGCAGGCUGUUGUUUUCUUUAAAACUGUAAUAAUAAUGAAUCAAUAUUAUGAAUUAUUGACCUAUUUAAGGCUCCAA